AUGGCCCCUCCCGCUCAACUGCCCCUUCGUCAACUUACAAAGAAUGGGACCAAGAUCCCAGCCAUUGGCUUCGGUCUCAUGGGUCUGAGCAUCGCAUAUGGAGCAGCUGAGCCGGAUGAAGAACGUCUCAAGGUCCUUGAUCGUGCCUGGGAGCUCGGCUGUACCAAUUGGGACACAGCUAACAUCUAUGGCGAUAGCGAGGACCUCGUUGGGAAGUGGUUCAAGCUCCACCCCGAGCGUCGCCAGGACAUCUUUCUUGCGACCAAGUUUGGACUCAAGAUGUCCGAUAAGGGCAUUGCUACUGAUUCGACUCCUGAACAUGUGAGGGAGAGUAUUGAGAAGAGUCUGAAGAGACUUGGCGUGGAUCAUGUUGAUUUGUACUACAUGCAUCGCGCCAGGGAGGAUGUGCCUAUUGAGAAGACCGUUGAGGCCAUGAAGCAGCUCGUUGACGAAGGAAAAGUCAAGUAUUUGGGUUUGUCCGAGGUGUCCUCCACAACCGUUCGCCGUGCCCAUGCUAUCCAUCCUAUCGCAGCAGUACAAGUCGAGUACAAUCCUUGGACACUUGACAUUGAGGGCCCUUCAGGAACACACAUCCUCAAAACAUGCAGAGAGCUUGACAUCGCUGUGUUCGCUUACUCCCCUCUUGGUCGGGGUAUUCUUACCGGCCGAUUCCGUUCUGUCGAGGACUUUGAAGAGAGUGACACUCGACGAGGAUUGACUCGUUUCCAAGGGGAUAAUUUCAAGAAGAAUCUGGAGAUCGUGGACAAGUUCGACGAGAUGGCAAAGAGCAAGGGAUACACUUCUUCGCAGAUGGCAUUGGCGUGGCUUCUAGAUCAAAGUCCAAAUGUCUUUGUGAUUCCGGGGACCAAGAAGAUCAAAUAUCUGGAGGAGAAUGUAGGAGCGGCGAAGGUAACACUGAGUAAGGAAGAGGAUCAGGAAUUGCGACGAUUGGUUGAAGACGCCGAGAUUGCAGGUGGGCGAGAUGCUUUCUUUGGUAAUUACAUGGACACGCCUCCUCUGGAGAAGUGA